UGCUGCAAAUAGUCAUUGUUAGCCGUGGAUGUUUCACUCUUUGAAGAACCCGAGUGAACCCUUGCUUCCAGAGCCUCUGGGAUCAGAGGAUAGUGAAGAGACAGCGCACUAAAGAGCCCGCCGCAAGGCAGGAUGGAUUUGCUGCAGCAGGCAACACCCAGGUCGCUACCCUGAUACGACUCGACCACACAGGUAGCUGGGCGAGGCAAAGUACAGUAGGAUGAGGCAGACGUGUAGUCCGACUUAGCAGAAGGUCAAGGCAGGCGACAAAGAUAAAAGGUUUCUUUUCCUGCUUGAAUCUUGACUGAUUUUGUGAAACUGAAAAUGGAGCUAAAUACAGAUGACUUACCACUGAUGGCUAACACACGUUACAUUCUAGUAAAACACUAUGCACUAGACCUUGAUGUGGGCUUCGAAAGCCAGACCAUAACAGGAAGUAUUGUUUUAUUUCUUCAACCCAACACCUCUUGUGAAAACAGCAAUACUGAAAAGCCUUUCCCUUCUGAACCCGGUGAAGCCAGCAGAGAACAGGCACAGGAAUCGUGUAAGACACAGCCAAGUAAAUCUUUAUCACAAAGUAGUGUUAAAGACUCCUGUGCUAUCGGUGAAACAGAUACUUCAAAAAAGUGUGGUCACCAUGGCAACAAGAAGCAUAGUUUUGGAAUUACUAGUUCAGAGCACUUCAGUGACAGAUACAAUGAUGGGAAUGGAGAUUUUGUUCUGGUGCUAGACUGCUGUGAUUUAUCUGUGUUAAAGGUUGAAGAGGUGGAUGCCACAUGUGUUCCUGAAAAAUGUAUGGGUUCUGUGCUGCCAAGUUUUGAAUCUGAGCAGCAGGUAACCCACAGCCAUCACAUCCCACCUGAACUGGUGGCAUUACCUCCAAGCCGAUGGAAGGAACAGCUAGCUUAUUACAUGCAAUGCAGUCGGGCAUUAGGAUGUGGAGAACUUCAUUUUUUUACUGACAGUUGGAGCCUGCAGAUCAGCAAAUGUGGAGUAAAUACACCCACUGACUUCCCUUCUGCUAUAAGGAUAUGGUAUAAGACCACGGCAAAUGGGAGGUCAGUAAAGUGGACCAAAGACCAAAAAGGAAGGCCUUGUGUUUAUACGUUUGGAUCACCUCUAAACAACAGGGCCCUUUUUCCAUGUCAAGAGCCACCUGUGGCAAUGUCAACAUGGCAUGCAACUGUUCGGACUACUAGUAAUUGCAUUGUAUUAAUGAGUGGAGAAAAUGUUGCUACUCCAAAUCACUAUGCUGAAGGAAUUUGUAGCUGGUUCUACUAUGUGACAAUGCCUAUGCCAGCCUCUACUUUUACCAUUGCAAUUGGAAGUUGGACAGAAGUAAAGGACAGUCCAUGCUCCUCUUUGGAAUGGUGUCAUUCAUCUAGUAUUAUGCCAUUAAACAUGGAUGAGAAAAGAUCCUCUGAACAAGACUGUAGACAUUUGGAGUACCCAUGCCGUUAUAGAAGUCUUGAGGCCCACUCUCAAAGUUGCAUACCGCAUCGUGUUUUUGCUCCAGAUGUACAUAUAAAGCAAUGUAAAGAGAUGGUUAUUCCAGUACUUUCUCAGUGCCUUGAAGCAGCCUAUUCUGUUCUAGGGACUCACCCCUUCUCACGCCUUGAUUUACUUAUAGUGCCUUCUAAUUUCUCCAGUCUAGGAAUGGCAAGCCCUCACAUCAUCUACCUGUCUGAAAGUGUGCUGUCUGGAAGAAAUCAGCUCUGCAUUUCACGUGUCUGCCAUGAAAUUGCACAUGCUUGGUUUGGGUUAGCCAUUGGUGCACGCGAUUGGACUGAAGAAUGGAUAAGUGAAGGAUUUGCUACACAUCUCGAAGAUGUAUUCUUAGCAAAAGUCCUGAAGUUAUCAGAGGAAGAUUCUAAAGAACAUCAAAAUCUAAAAGCUCUUUUGCGAUGGCGCCGUCUUAAUGAUGAGCUCAGCAACUCCCAAGAGGAUCUACAAAUACUAAGGCCCCAGGGAGAUUCUACUGGCGAAGUGAGUGACUCAGGAGCUUCCAUGGUACGACAUGGCUUAAAUGCAGACAAAAAUUUCAUGCAAGUGCAUUACUUAAAGGGCUAUUUUUUGCUACGAGGUCUUGCAAAUACCAUAGGUGCAGAUACUUACUUUUCAUUUUUGAGAAGAUUUGUGAAUAGAUUUCAUGGACAGUUGAUACUUUCUCAGGAUUUCUUCCAAAUGCUUUUCGAAACUGUUCCUGAACAUUUGAAACAAGGCUUGUCUGUCGAUGUCAUCUACCAAAUCUGGCUCGACCCUCCAGGGAUGCCACAGCCCUUGCUGGAGGAGAGCCAGACAUGGACAGGAAAUGGACUUGUGCAGCAAGUCAAACAAGAGGUCUCAAAGUGGAUUCGGUUAAACCAGAGAAACAGGCGGGGAGGAACAGGACGAAAACGACAACGUAGCGACCAAUGUGACGAUAAGAUUGUUCCAGAUCAGCUGGUUUUGCUUUUGGAUUUACUGUUGGAGGAGAAGACGUUAUGUGCAAAGACACUGCAGUGCUUGAAGAACACCUACAACUUGCAGGAGCAGGAUGCAGAGGUCCGACAUAGAUGGUGUGAGCUGGUUAUAAAACACAAGUACACCACAUCUUACAAGGAUGUAGAGACAUUCCUACUCCAUGACCAGGCCAUGGGUGUGUAUCUCUAUGGAGAGUUAAUGGUGAACGAGGAUGCCAGACAGCAAGAACUUGCACACAGAUGCUUUGCUGCUGUCAGAGAUCAAAUGGAUGUAUCCUGUGUAAAAGUGGUGGGAGAAAUGUUGUUUUAAUGGAUUGGCUUCCAUAGAACAAUGCCGUGACUGAAACGGCCAAGCUCUCAGUGUGGUCAUGUUAAUGCAAGUUAAACUGGAUAGGAUUAAGUUCUGAACUUUGGGUGGAUUACUUGUUCUAGAACAAGGCCGUACUAGGAGCCAGGCCUCCAGCACAUUACCUCAAUGUUAGGAGCUAAGUCCGACAUAUUUCAAGUGUAAAUCGAAAGAUAGUAGGUAAUCCUAGUUUCAGACUGUCUGUAAUAUCUCAUCCAGUAUUUUUACAUUUUUAUGCAGUAGUUAAAAAUAAAAUCCAUUUAUUGCCUUUUAAAGUUGCAAUACGUGCGUACAUAUCUUUGUUUCUCCAAGGGAUAUCUAUCCUUUAUAGUAAAACCUGAGAUACUCAAAUAUACUACUACAAAUGUUGUUCAAUGUCAUAUUUCGGUUUUAUUCACACUGCUGUAUUAUGCAUCUUUCAUAUAUGUAGUAGGAUUUUAUAUUAAGUCACUUUGUGAAAUGUACUUAGAUUUAGAGUCAGUCUUUACUGGAGCAAUAUUUUAAUUCCCUGAAGUAACCUUAAGGCUGUUUGCACAUGCACGUUUAACACAUUCGAUUUGGUUUAGUAUGAAGGUCUUCUGUAGUGCAGCAUAUUCCAGAUACUUCUCUAAUGAAAUAAGACAAUCGACAGUCCGCAUGUCUUUGGAAGUUUUCUCUUAUCUAGAGACUUUGACAUUGGACACAGAGUGUGAUGUAAUUGUAUGGAGGGCCAGAUAUGCCUAACUUUCCCAGCAGUUGACCCUCCAUCGACUAGUAAAUAAUAAAUUAUCAAUUUGGGAUAAUCCUUUUAGCUCUGAAUGAUACAAAAGUGAAUAAGCACACACCCCAUAUUGCAUCCCCACAGAUACUACAGCCUUAAUGUUCGCCAUGCACAGAAAAUGAAAAUGUUCACAUCUGGCUGCUAAUUUCCCAAAAUGUUUAGAUUAUAAAUUCACAAUGUGCAGUCUAUAGUACUGAGGGAUAGACUUCGCAUAUAGUAAUACAAUGUAUUUACACUGGCUUUCUGUAAUCAACGAAAUGGAAAUAAAAUUGACACAUUUUCUUAUAUACAACUAUAUUUUAAAAAGUUGGCCUGGAUU